AUGGAACUUAUUUUCUAUUUCAGUAUCCUAGUUGGGUCAUCUUUCUUUACUCACUCAGUUGUGCAGAAAGAAGAUCAUGCUCCCUAUUUAGUAUACCUCAAAUCCCACUUCAACCCCUGUGUGGGUGUCCUCAUCAAACCCAGCUGGGUGCUGGCCCCAUCUCACUGCUACUUACCAAAUCUGAAGGUAAUGAUGGGAAAUCUCAAGAGCAGAAUCAGAGAUGGAACAGAGCAGACAGUUCACCCCAUCCAGAUUGUUCGCUACUGGAACUAUAGCCACAGUAAUCCGCAGGAUGACCUCAUGCUCAUUAAACUGGCUAAGCCUGCCACCUUCAACAACAAAGUCCAGGUCCUUCCCGUUUCCAGCACCAGUGUCCGACCAGGCACUGUCUGUUUGCUCUCAGGUUUGGACUGGAGCCAAGAAAACAAUGGCAGGCAUCCUGACUUAAGACAGAAUCUGGAGGCCCCCGUGAUGUCUGACAAAGACUGCCAGAAAACUGAACAAGGAAGGAGCCACAGGAACUCCUUAUGUGUCAAGUUUGUGAAAGUAUUCAGCCGACUAUUUGGGGAGGUGGCUGUUGCUACUGUCAUCUGUAAAAACAAGCUCCAGGGAAUCGAGGUUGGACACUUCAUGGGAGGAGAUGUCGGCAUCUACACCAAUCUUUACACAUAUGUGCCAUGGAUUGAGUCAAUCACUAGCAAGGAAAACUGAUGUCCUGCUUUUCCUUCUGCGUC